AUGUCAAGCGGCGAAACACCAUCACAAGGACACUCAGAUGCUAGUGGUCGGACGGCACAUGGCCAGACCUCUUCAAAUAUAUUUGAGGCCAUACCAAGCACAAAGCAAAGAGUAGUUCUAUUUCUAGAGAAGGCGCGAAUUGAGAUAUUGUUGUUUUUGGGAGGAAAGAAAUCUUUGGCCGCUCAGCUCAACUUCGAGUUAUAA